AUGAAGAAACUUGGAUUCAAGGAAAUAUUAACAACCAAAUGUGAUGACUUCAUUGAAACAGACGUAACAGAACUAAUAUUCAAUACACACAACACAUUUGUAUACAAGGAAUGGAUCUAUAUUGCAGCAAGCAGCACUAAAACGUACAAAAUCAAGAACAAUAAUUUCAAGAGGGCUAUUUACGUCAACAACCUGGUUAAAUUGGAUGACUCAGUCUACAAAAUAUCAAAAGAGGACUCGUUGGUGAAAACAAAUGAAGUAAUUGAGGAAACAGAGGGUGUCUUGAUGCUUGGUGAAAAAAGAGUAGAAUUUGAUGAGAAAAUAAAAGCGAAUAGAAAGGCAGUUUGUGACAAUGAGAUGCAGGGAAAGAAACAUAUUGGUGUUAGUUUUAGGAUAAAAGACGAUGAGAUUAUGAUCAUAACAGCAACUGAUACAGACAAAUUUGUGUAUUUGUUGAAUAGUCAGGUAGCAGAGUGCAUUGAUGAAGAGCAGCAACUUGCACUACGUUUGAAUGCUGAAUUCAAUGAAAUGCAGGUCAAAAACAUCGUGUUCUACAACAAUCGGAUUUUCUUAGUUGAUGAUGAGAUGACUAGCACAUUUUGUAUAGAAGUCAAUGACGAAGAAGUUCAGCAAAAAUUGGUUGAAUUGAAGGAGAUCCAUUUUGAGGGUGAUUCACUCUGUAGAUUGGAUGAAACACGUGGAAUAUUCGAGAAAAAGGCACUGGAAGAUGCAACAACUCUCUUGGCAUUGGAUGAAGAAAUAGACUACAAAAUGCUUCAAAAUGUAGCAGACUACAAAGAACCAUCAGAAAAAGAGAAGAAGCCCGAAAGCAAAAUCACCAAUACAGCGAAUACAUUUGGAAUUCAAAAUACCUUCUCAAUGUUUAAAGAUAACCUGAAGAGCAAGAGCACAACAGGUUUAAAUAAGGCGGAGAAUUCAGAAGACAAGAACAAAGACAAAUUGAACAACGAAUUGUCAGGAGACAUCAGGAAGUUACAAGAGAAAUUUAACCAAAAAUCAUUGAAAAAUGAGUUCAAGGAAUUCAGGAUAUUGGAAAGUCAUUUUGAUAUUAAUGCAUUGUAUAAAAGAAUAUUUGAGAGAAGUAACAGCAAAUACGAGGAGUUAUUGAGCAGAAUGAUAGUAAAAGUGGAUGAAUACAACAAGAUAGACUGCAUGAAGAUUGAGGAGACAAUCAGGCAUUUUGAUACCGUGUUAUUCUACAAAGGAAAGAAACCGAUUAAAACAGCAACAUACAACAAACCAAUGAUAGGAAGAGAUGUGUUUAUAGAAAAAGGAAAUGAAAGAAUGCAGAAUAUCAUAAGAGGAAUAAAAAUGAUUGAAAUAAAAACAAAGGCCGUAGUUGAUGAAGGAAAGAAAGUGAUAGAAGGAAAACAAAUGGCAGAAGAAGAAAAGAAAGAGAAAGUGGUUGAGAAUAAAAUAGUGGAAAAAGAGACAAAGGAAGUAGUAGAACCAAAGAUAACUCCAAAAGCAGAAAAUAUGUCAUUUGCAGCGACACAUCCAACGCAACCACAGCAACCAGUACAGCCAUUUACAAUUCAAAGCAACACGAGUUCAAAUCCAUUUGGCAAACCCAAUCAAUUUGGUAGUGAAAGUACAACAAGCAUGUUCAACCAAUUGGUUAAGCAGAACAGUAACAACAGCCUAUUCAAUAACACAAACCAAGCACAGGAUAACAAACCAAGCAACAAUCAACCAGCUGAAAGCUCAACAUUCAGCAGAUUUUCUCAAUUCAAAAAGUUUUAA